ACGCAUGGGGGCGACACUAGCGACUGUUGCAGGCGGAAGGAAUGAGCACGGUCCCUUUAAAACGGAAGCACUUCCGCUGUGAGUCAGAUUCGGCGUUACCUAAACAAGCGAGAUGGCACACAGGCUGGUGUUGCGUCGAGUGUGGGCGCUUUCUGUGAAAGAUGUCCGCCGCCUCCCGUCAUCACCAUCCACGGUCACAAUCCCCUCCUCUUUCUCUACCUCCCUUCAUCCUGUCCCGAGUCGGGUCUCCUUCCUGGCCCCGUCACAAACUCAGAGUCUUCGUCACACCCCCUGCAGAGCCGUCUCCUUCAACGUUCAGGACAACGAGGACUUCACAGAGAGGGUCAUCAACAGCCAGCUGCCUGUCCUAGUCGACUUCCACGCACAGUGGUGCGGUCCCUGUAAGAUCCUCGGGCCGAGGUUGGAAAAGGCCGUGGCUAAACAGAAAGGUCGCGUUGCCAUGGCGAAAGUAGACAUCGACGACCACACAGACCUGGCCAUUGAGUACGGGGUGUCGGCCGUGCCUACAGUCAUCGCCAUGCGGGGGGGCGACGUCGUCGACCGCUUUGUGGGCAUCAAAGACGACGAUCAGCUGGACUCGUUUCUCAGCAAAAUCAUUGGAAAAUAACCCCCCCCCCCCCCCUCCUCCUUCCCCCGGCUGAUCUGGUGGUGUUUGGCACACUUGGCAGUCUGUGCCGUAGUGCCAACUGGCAAACUCGUAACCACAAACGCCCGUCAGUAGGCACACAGCUUCUGUCCAGUGAUGGGUGUUUGUCUUCUUUAGCCGGUUAGCUGCAGCUGUGUUGAAGCAGCUUUGUUUUUAUCUGAGAGUUCGACAGCUCCGCAGCGGUGCUGCUGUUUCUGUAAACGUCUACGGGAGGACAAACAAACACCUCUGAUUAUAGUUUUAGCAGUGGAGAACGUUUAAAUGAUAAUAAAAGACAACUUUAUGAUGCUGA